AUGGAUCUUGAAGUCGAGGGAAAAGUAGCCAUCGUCACCGGCGCGGGUUCAGGAAUAAAUCUCGCAUUCGCGACUCUCCUCCUCUCAAAAGGUUGCAAUGUGGUUAUAGCCGAUCUCUCCCUCCAACCCGCCGCAACCCAACUCCUCACCACCUACACCUCCACUUCCCCAGAUUCCUCAUCCCCCGGUACCCCCACACCCCCACAAUGUCUGUACCACUCCACCGACGUCACAUCUUGGCCUGCGCUCACCUCCCUCUUCGAAUCCACCCUCUCCCAUUUCCCAGCAGGAAUAGACAUCCUCGUCCCCGGCGCCGGACUCUUCGAUCCCCUCUUCUCCAACUUCUACAAUCCCCCUGGUACCCCCCUCUCCCAAGAUACCCACCAUCUCCACCCCCCUCCCUCUCUCGAGAAACCCCUCCAAGGAAAUCAAUCAAACAUCACAUCUCCCAACGUCAACCCCUUCCCCGGCUCCUUCCACACCCUCAACGUAAACAUCACGCAUCCAAUCCGUCUCACGCAAAUGGGCGUCGAGUAUUGGACUUCGUCCCGCAGAAGCGGAAGAGUCAUUUGUGUGGGGAGUGUAGCCGGGCAAAUAGGAGUCAUGGAAACUCCGCUGUAUCACGCGAGCAAAUUUGCGAUUACGGGGUUUGUGAGGAGUGUGGCGGGGUUGGAGGAGUUGGGGAUUAGGGUCACGGCGAUUGCGCCGGCGCUUGUGCAGACACCAAUCUGGUCUCAUCAACCCGACAAAAUGACCAUGUUAACCUCGGAUCAAAGAUGGAUUCCCGCUGAAGCCGUCGCAGAAGCUAUGUUAGAACUACUUACUCGUGCAGAAUAUGUGGGCGGAACGAUUUUGGAGGAUGAAGGACCGACGUUUGAGCCGGGGUAUAUGAUUGGGAAUUUGCAGGGGUAUAAGGAGGAGAUUUAUCAGAAAUUGAGGGAGGGGAAGAUGGGGAUGUGA